AUGAAGGCGAAACGGGGACGCGGGCGGUCGAAAACCACGGUGCCAUCGUCACCGGUGAACCAUCCUUCUCCGUCGAUGCAACUGGAUAAGGAGAGUGUGAAUCAAUUUACGGUAGAAGGGGAUAGUAGUAACAGUAAUGAGAAAUCAAUAGAUGAAGAAGUGGUGGAAGUUGAAACCCUAGAAUAUGAAAUUGAGGAUCCUAAGGCUCGUAAGCCGUGGGAUGAUAUACUCAGUGAGAAUCGAAAUACAGCAAUGAGAUCGACAAUUGAGUAUGUUGCACCAACCUUGGUGAAUGAGGAAGUUGAAGUUGAAAUUGAGGAAAAAGACAUCGGGACAGAGAUCAAAUUCUGGGAAACUGCUUUGAUCAUGUAUGUGCUAGGGGAGGAUCUAAGCAUGAUUACGAUGAAGAAUUACAUGACGAAGGCGUGGAACUUUAUCAAAUUACCAGAUAUGUAUUACCAUGAUGAGGGUUACUUUCUUCUCAUAUUCAAAUCUCAUUCAGUUAUGGAUGUUGUUAUGAUGAAGGGAUCGUAUACAAUAAGAAAUAUGUUGAUGUUGUUGACGGAAUAG